AUGGACGUCGACGAAGCUAAUUGGGUACAAAAAGCUCACGAGAACAUAGACAAAUAUCUCCAUAGAGGCGGUGGCUCAAACGGAAAUGAGCCUCAGCUGCUCGAAGGAACAAAUCUGCAAAAUACAAUAGGUAUAGCAAUGGGGUUACCCCUUCUUAAUCCAGCAGUAUGGAGUCACGAUGAAAUCGAACAAGCUAGUAGAGGAGAGUUGGUUUUCUUUGACGGUAAAUCAUUAGAAGCUAUUAAUGUAAUAGUCAAUGGUAUUCGAGAAUGUUGUAAUGGAGACGGUAAAAUGUAUGUUACUGUCAUUCCAAUUGAGCUUUAUUACAAGAAUAAGCUAUACGAAGUUCCAGUAUUUAAAGUUCAGCGAUAUCACCAUUCAGAAAUUUACUAUGUGGAUAAUAUAGGACGGUACUACAACAGUUUUGGUGAUUGGAGAGAUAACAAUAAGUUGCCACCUUGUAAAAUGGUUUUUCCCCAGAAUCUUGAAUUGAAGUCUGAUGGACAAGGGGACGCCAUUGUUACACCUCCGUAUCAUACACCUGCCGACGAAACAAGUACGAAGGUUUUGGCUGAUGUUGAUAUUGCUGCUGGCGUCGUUGGUAUUGGCUCAGCUAUUGCAUUGAUGGUGGUAUCUGGUCCAUUCGCUCCCUUUAUUGCAGCAGCGGGUAUAGCCACUGCCAUUUGGGGAACCGGUAGAGCUGUAAAAGAGUUAGUUGACAGGGGUGAACACGGACAGUCCAUAGAUCCAUUCACAGAUUCAACCGCAAGAUUGCUAUGGUUAGGUAUCGCCGCGUCCGUGGCCGGUUUUGGUGCAAUGGGUGCGACCAUGAGACUUUCCGCUGUCGCUGCACGUGGUAUACAAAUCUCGACCGCCCUUAAAAUAUUGACUAAUGUUGUUAAUGCUACAAGUGUGGCGCUUAAUUCAGCCGCUAUUAUAAAUAACACAAUAUACUUAAUUGGGCACUUGAAAAACAUGUCUAUAGGAGAAAUUUUACUUAACGUUGCUUUAAUCGCUUUUUGGACGAAAGGUACAUUUGCAUUUAAGAGGUCCAGUGUUAUUAUAAAGGAAGUACAAGACCAGGCCUUCACCCACAUAAGCGAGGAAUUGCCUCCAGGCUCCAGAAGUGAUUUUGCCGAAUUAAGAAGUAGAGUUCAGACUAUGUUGAAUAUAGAUGAAAUAGAACUUCUUCAAUUGUUUAAUUCUGCUGCUAAGUCGGGUAUAUCGAUACGUGAAUGUGCAGAGUUCCUCAUAAACGGGAUGCGUUAUUACGAUGUCAUUGAGACCCUAAGUCCAGAACAAAUUGAAACUCUUUCAAGCUUACGUAACUUUGUAAAGGACGAUAUCAAAAUUCUAACAGGCCUUGAAAGAGUUUCUUCAACAACGGGAGCUGACCGGGAAGAAACAUUCAAACUAGUUUUAUCUAUGUGGGAGACAUAUUCUAAAAGUAAUAGAGCCAACGUUGACGAUGUUCAUUUUAUACCUGGACAUCUAGUUAUUGGACAUGCUCCACCUAUAGAAAUAACAACAAUACCGAAGUUGUCACCACCUCUAAUGCGAUUUGUUGGAGAACAUUUGAGUAAAAUAGAUACGGAUGCAAUUCACGAAUGGUCAAUUACAGAUUUAGUAAAACUUCAAGAUCGAGGCUUAUUUACGGAAUGCCCGGUUACUGGAAUAGGUAGAGGCUUCGCCACAGUCACAUUAAACGAUCAAUUGAAGAUCAGCGUAAGAAAAUUACAGACAUUGUCUGACGAAGAUUGUUCGACUAUGUUGAAGAUGGUUUCUGAACUAAGAGCAGAGAAUAUAACUGCGAGCUCUAAAAUUCCCAGUAACGUUAUAAAGUUUUGUGUCACCAAAAACAGACUACGCUUUGAAAUUCAGAGAAAAGAAAGCGUAGAAUGGGCUGCGAAAUCAGUAGCACGAUAUGAGAACCUGCUCAACAUUGUUAAGUCCGAUUUGCUUUCUCACGAACAAGAUAGACUCUACACAUUCAGAACAGAAGCGAGCAUGAAUAAAGCAGAUGUGGUAAUAAAAAAAUCUAAAUACCAACCAGCUUACAUGGAUAACAUGAUGGCUUUCGUUUCUGAAAUGGAGCCGAGAAACGUGAGUGAAAUGGUCGCUUACAGUGAAUUUGUUAUGAGUUACGUAGUGGAAACUGCUGCACAAAUUGAAAAAGGAAUUCAGGAGGGAACAAUCACAUACCCUACUGAUGGAAAAAAGAGUGAUUGGAUACGUUUUAAAGCUAAAGAAACAGUGUUCGAAAAUACGGGGCCAUUAAGAGAAAAAUUGAAUGAAAUGUUCUCAUUGGUCGAUGACAACGACAUGGUAGGAUUAGUGAAGGUGGCCAAGGGUAUGGAUGAUUUUAACUUGGCCUUUGUGAUCCGUGCGAAUAGAUUAAGGUUUGGUGGAAGGGUUUCUGCUGCGUAUCACAUCUAUAAACAUGGUACAGAUCCACCUUCAGCAUAUAUAGACCAGGCUAAUGCAACAAUACGGUCCAACACAUAUACAGUAUCUAUGGGUCAAGAAGGUGAUACGAGGAUAAUAAUAUUCAAUGAUGAAAAUGGUGGGAACAGUGUGGUCUUAGAAAAGGACGGACGCGGUUUACUAUGUUCUUUCAGGGCUGGGGGUAGAAAGUAA